GUGGUAUGUCAGAUGAUGUUGAGGUGUGUCACACGAAUCAUGACGUCUAUCCGGUUCUGGACCCCUGUAGUACACAGGACUGCUCUGCUCGGAGUAAAACAGGAGAACGCAGUGGAAAGUGUCUCUAGUAGUUUGUGAGUAGAACAUCCUAUGUAUGUGUUGCCCGGAGAAACGUGAGAAUGGCAGAUGACAAGGAUGUAUUGCGUGAUGUCUGGUUCGGGAGGAUUCCAACGUGUUUCAUGCUGUACCAGGACGAGGUCACUGAGAGGGAGGCUGAGCCCUUUUAUCUUCUCCUGCCAAGGGUAAGCUAUUUAACCCUCGUCACUGACAAAGUGAAGAAGCACUUUCUGAAAGUGAUGAAGCAAGAGGAUGUUGAGGAGAUGUGGUUUGAAUACGAGGGGACACCUUUGAAAUGGCAUUACCCAAUUGGAGUGUUGUUUGAUCUACACGCAUCGAACACUGCCCUACCCUGGAGCGUCACGGUGCACUUUAAGAGUUUCCCUGAGCGGGACCUGCUUCACUGCCCAUCCAAUUCUGUGAUCGAAGCCCACUUCAUGUCUGGCAUCAAGGAGGCUGAUGCACUCAAGCACAAGGGCCAGGUGAUCAACGACAUGCAAAAGAAAGACCACAAGCAGCUGUGGAUGGGCCUUCAGAAUGAUAAAUUUGACCAGUUCUGGGCCAUGAAUCGAAAGCUGAUGGAAUAUCCAACUGAGGAAGGAGGCUUCCGCUACAUACCUUUCAGGAUAUACCAGGCCAUGAGCGAGAGGCCCUUCAUUCAGAAGCUCUUCCGGCCAGUGUCACCCGAGGGUCAGCCCUACACACUGGGAGACCUUCUGAAGGAGAUGUGUCCUUCGGCCCUGCCCCAGGACGAUGAGCCAAAGCGAUAUCAGGUGGUGAUUCACGGCAUCGAGCCCAUGUUGGAGACGCCUGUCCAGUGGCUGAGCGAGCACCUGAGUCACCCGGACAACUUCCUCCACAUCAGCAUCAUCCCGGUGCCCAGCGACUGAGUGGGAACCCUUCUGCGAGUGGCGGAGGGAGGGAGAGGGAGCAUCGCCUUGUUUGCCUGAUGACCAGGGGUGGUUUGGACGGAGCCUUCGUGUUCGGUCUCUCUCGGUGGAGUGCAAAGCGGUGAUGGGUUUUGGGGGGAGGGGGGGUGGGGGGUCAGCGAGCGUGAGGACUCCGUGUGCGAUCACCCGCUCUCCACCUCACAGCAGCACUUUGAAAAACUCUCUCUCUCUCUCUCUCUCUCUCUCUCUCUCUCUCUCUCUCUCUCUCUCUCUCACCUCCCCCCUUUUCUGUUUUCUCACAUCACUGCGUCACAACGUCUGCUUCCUUCUCUGCAUCCUCUGGUUGAAGAGGGUGAGGACAUACAGACUCCCUCCCAGCCAGCAGGAGAGGCAGAGGGUGCUAUACGAUGGAACAAGCUCAACUCCGGGCAGCUCCGGUGCUCACCCCCCCCCCCCCCCCUCUGCCUGGGGCAACUGGAAGGGCAGGAUUGGAAAGGAAGACUUGUGGAAAGACUUUAAAAAAAAAAAAAAAAAAAAAAAAUGCUUCUGCUGUGCUGCCUAACCUCUGUGCUGUCUUACCCUCCUCUUCCUGGCCACACUCCCAACAGACAGACAGAGAGCCUCAGACAAGUGGGAUUCUCCAUUAAUGUUGCCUUAGUGUCUUGAUUCCCCCUUCACACACACACACACACACACACACACACACACACACACACACACACACACAGACAGAUGCAGUUCCACAGCGGACGACACAAAGCUUUCUCUGAGUUAGUGUCGUCACACUUGUCUUUUUUUUACUCCUUUUUUUAAAUGUUCUCUCGUUCUUUUCCUUUGCCCACAGCAAAGUUAUCUCACUUAUCUGCUACAGCACACACACACACACACACACUCUCUCUCUCUCUCUCUCUCUCUCUCUCUCUCUCUCUCUCUCUCUCUCUCUCUCUCUCUCUCUCUCUCUCUCUCUCU